AUGGACUUUGGUCAAGCGGUCCGGACGCAUUCGAGAUGCGGGACAGUUCGCCAAAGAUACUUUGGAUUCGUCGGGAAGCCCUACUACAGAGGUCCCGAGUGCUACUUGCCACGUAGGCCGCAGGUCCGUGUCAUAGCCCCCGAUGGAGCAGUAGCGGAUGAAGUUCAUUUCCUUGAGAACCUCAAUGCAGCCGGACAGCCGGAUGGCUACCUCUGCGAGGUUCAGAUGCCACAUGGUGUGGUGCCCGGGCAGCCUUGUGACGCCGAACUGGCUGGCUACGAGGCGCCUCCACUGGAUAUUUUCUCGUGUGGCGUGUGCCUCUUCAUCUUAGCCUGGCGGCUGCCACCGUGGAGUCAAGCCUUGAGAUCAGAUCCUAGUUUUCAAUACAUUCAAGCACAUGGAAUUCCACAACUUCUCACCCAUUGGAGACAAAGGCUGCUCUCAGCCGAGGCCAUGAACUUGUUGAACCAAAUGGUUCACACGAAUCCGCAGCACAGAUUCUCGGUGGAUCAAUGCCUUGCAUCCGACUGGCUGGUAGGACUUGGUAACGAGGUGCCAGUUCACAACUUUGAUGAUGGUGGAGUCCAUCUACCUCCCGUCCUUGCGGAGCAAAUGCAUGUAGAUCCGGGUGCCGGCUUGUUGCCCUUUAACCCAGUCAUGGGAGUGAUGGAGGUCAGAGUCGUGCAGUACUCUCCUUUGUGGGCAGAGGACAUGCAAAAGCACCAGCAGGAUUGGUGGCAACACUACAUCAUUGACUCUCACGGAACACGGCUGGAGAUGCAUGGCGGUGGAGAGUUGGUGCACAUUCCUGAUGAACGCCAAUUCCCCAUUUGCUUGGUACCCCGGGAGGUCACCGUUAAAGUUGUGCAUCACUCUGAUCGAUGGCCAGAAGAUCUGCAAGCAGCAUUACGUGGCUCGCGAUCACGCGCGGUCCAUGACUGUGCUGGAAGUCGGCUACAGGCUGAUGACACACCAGAAAGUUACCAUUUCCCUCUCUUCGUGGCAGGACUCGAGGAAGCAUGCGGGUGA